ACUUAAGCGUUCUUUUGUCCAGGACGCCCCCCAGUGCCCUUUGUCCCGUCUAUCUCUCCAUUCCUCCUGUCACCAGCGGCGGCGAAACCCUAGCGAGCGGAACCAGCGGCGGCGGGCGCCAUGGCGGACGAUGAUUACAAUGAAGUUGACAUGGGGUAUGAGGAUGAGCCCGCAGAACCUGAUAUUGAGGAAGGAGUUGAAGAAGAUCCUGAGAACAAUGAGGAUGCUCCUGAAGACGUGGUAGGUGGCGAGGGUGAAGAAAAAGAACAGGAGAAGACUCCUCGUCCACGCAAUACAUCAAAAUAUAUGACUAAGUAUGAGCGUGCACGCAUCCUGGGCACACGUGCUUUGCAGAUAAGCAUGAAUGCUCCAGUUAUGGUUGAGCUUGAGGGAGAAACAGAUCCUCUUGAGAUUGCCAUGAAAGAACUGAGAGCACGUAAGAUACCCUUCACAAUCAGGCGGUACUUACCUGAUGGAAGCUACGAGGACUGGGGAGUCGAUGAGCUCAUUGUGGAGGACUCUUGGAAACGUCAGGUUGGUGGGGGCUAAAAAGCUGGUAGACUGCUCGACAUGAAAGGCUUCGUGCUGCAACUAGAGUUCUACCCUUGUAGCUGUCUACUUCAUUAUGUGCAAGUCUAGCAAGAAACUAUGAUGAUGGUGUUAUAUUACCGUAGCAUGUAUUUCCUAUGGCUGCAUUGUGGUAUGGAAACUGUAUUGUCAGUUUGUAUGGACGGGUGCUGGCAUGUGGUUGCACCUUAAUUCUGUGAAUAUCGUUUGGACUCAAAA